AUGCCCGGAGGUCUGCUUCUUGGGGAUGAGGCCCCCAACUUCGAGGCCAAUAGCACGGUCGGCCGCAUCCGUUUCCACGACUAUCUGGGAGACUCAUGGGGCAUUCUCUUCUCCCACCCACGGGACUUUACCCCAGUGUGCACCACGGAGCUUGGCAGAGCUGCAAAGCUGGCACCAGAAUUUGCCAAGAGGAAUGUUAAGUUGAUUGCCCUUUCAAUAGACAGUGUUGAAGACCAUCUUGCCUGGAGCAAGGAUAUUAAUGCAUACAAUGGUGAGGCACCCACAGAAAAAUUGCCUUUUCCCAUCAUUGAUGAUAAGAAUCGGGACCUUGCUAUCCUCUUGGGCAUGCUGGACCCAGCAGAGAAAGACGAAAAGGGCAUGCCAGUGACGGCUCGAGUGGUGUUUGUUUUUGGUCCUGACAAGAAACUGAAGCUGUCUAUCCUCUAUCCAGCUACCACUGGAAGGAACUUUGAUGAAAUUCUCAGAGUAGUCAUCUCUCUCCAACUGACAGCAGAAAAGAGGGUUGCCACCCCAGUUGACUGGAAGGAUGGAGACAGUGUGAUGGUCCUUCCAACCAUCCCUGAAGAGGAAGCCAAAAGAAUUUUCCCUAAAGGAGUCUUCACCAAAGAGCUCCCAUCUGGCAAGAAAUACCUCCGCUACACUCCGCAGCCUUAA